AUGGUUGGUAUCUAUCCGUUUCACGAUAAGCUUGCAAAGUCUCAUUCACAUGAACAGCUGAGACAGCAGCAACAGUCUGGUGGAGCAGGGGAAGCAGGCCAGGACCAGUCUGGUGGGAAUGGAAGGAGCGCCAUUGAGAUUGUCAAGGGAGAUGGCAAUUCACCAGGUGGCAGUAGCAAUAGUAGUGGGUCGAAUAGUGGAGGAGUAAGAGGCAGUGGAUCAGGACUAGGGGCCAGCUCUGGCAGCAGUGGUAGCAAGAGUCCUUCAGCAUCAACUCCGCCAUCAAGCCAGGCUGGUGCUUUGACCGGGUCAGGAUCUGGAUCAGGACCUGGAUCUGGGUCUGCCUCUCCAGCAGUAGUUGUAACGACGCCAGUUUCGUCUGCCACUGUUGCAGCUACCGCUUCUGAUAAUAUCCCUACAAUCUCAUUAGAUCCAAGACAGACUCCAGGAGUGGGAGCUCAGCUGUCGCCAUCUUUCAUUGGAAUUGGUGGUAAUAACAGUGGCCCGACCUCACCCUCUAGUGGAGGUGGAGGCAGUCCAGGAAGUAAUCGACCUGUUUUGGCUGUCGGACCUUCAGGCUAUCCAUUUGUUCCGGCACCUGGAUCUACAGAGACAAUGCCAAGUGAUUUAGAACUUCCCGGAACAUCUGGACCAAACAGCCCGUCACAAGCCAAUCGUCUGUCUAUUGAUAGAUUUGGUUCAUUUGAUGGCAUCAGAGCACCAAAAAGACACAAUUCUUCACGUUUUGAAAUUUCGGCUAAAAGAGAGUUAGAACAUCUACCGAAUUUCAAUGAAGUAUCGCCUGCCGACCAUAGCGAGCUUUUCCUGCGUAAAGUUGACCAAUGUAAAGUAUUGUUUGACUUUAACGACCCAGCAGCCGAUAUUCAAGGAAAGGAAAUGAAACGCAAUAUUCUUUGUGAGUUGAUCGACUUUGUAUCGACGACACCAAUCACAUUCAAUGAGCAAAUGCAUGCUUCAGUGAUUGAGAUGUUUGUAAAGAACCUGUUCCGUCCUAUUGGACCACCAGUCAAUCCAGUAGGAGAUAUUUUUGACCCCGAUGAAGAUGAGCCUGUUAGCGAGGUAGCAUGGCCUCAUAUGGCUCUAGUGUAUGACUUCUUCCUUCGAUUUAUGGAGUCUCCUUCGUUUAAUGUGAACAUUGCCAAGCAGUAUAUUGACCAACGAUUCAUUCAACAGCUGCUGGAGUUGUUUGACAGUGAGGACCCCCGCGAACGAGACUGCCUGAAAACAACACUACACAGAACUUAUGGCAAAUUCCUGACAUUACGAGCAUUUAUUCGUCGAUCUAUUAAUAAUGUCUUUUUUCAAUUUGUAUAUGAAACAGAUCGAUUCAAUGGUAUCGCUGAGCUGCUAGAAAUUUUAGGAAGUAUUAUUAAUGGAUUUGCACUUCCCUUGAAAGCUGAACACAAGAUCUUUCUCGGCCGAGUGCUACUGCCGCUUCACAAGGCAAGAGCUCUAAGCUUAUACCAUUCACAGCUAGCAUACUGCGUGGUUCAGUUUCUUGAGAAAGAUGAUUCACUGACUGAAGAGAUUAUUAUGGGAUUACUGAGGUACUGGCCCAAAGUCAAUUCACCCAAGGAAGUGCUAUUUUUGAUUGAAAUUGAAGAUAUAUUUGAAGUGAUUGAGCCACAUCAGUUCCAAAAGAUCCAUGUCCCACUAUUUAUGCAACUGGCAAAGUGUAUCUCGAGUCCUCAUUUCCAGGUGGCUGAGCGUGCUCUUUAUUACUGGACUCAUGAAUACUUUUGUAACCUGGUUACUGAGUAUUCAGAGACAAUCUUGCCAAUAAUAUUCCCGGCUUUACAUGAGAACUCGGGCCACUGGAACAGAACGAUCCAUGGUAUGGUGUUCAAUGCCACAAAGGUGUUUAUGGAAGCCAACCCGGUACUCUACGAUCAGUGUUCAAUCAUGUAUCGACAGGCCAAAGAGUCUGAAGAGGAACGCGAACGUGCUAGACUUGAGAGCUGGCAGCGACUAGAAGAUUGCGUCAAGGGUCUAAAUGGUCUCAAUAUCAACCAGGCUGAUAGCCAAGGUUCACCAUCUGCCAACAAAGAGAACAGUGGAAAUGAAACAACUUUUAACGUUGCUACGGACGCUGUUAAAGACGGCGAACAGACACCGGCCAAUAUAUAUGACCCAGAAACCACCGCAUUCACAAAAACCGAUCAACCCCUUCCUACCUCCAUACCCGACCUGACGACACGCGGCCUGAGCGAUGCCAAUGCCCACACCGAAUCCCCUGCCACCAGCCCUGCCAAUUGA